AGAAAAUCGUUUGAAUCAUUAACGUCGUCGAAACGGCCGUUAUCUCAUUUACUCAUUUAAAUAUCGACUAUAUGGCCUUCCAUUCAUUUACCGUCCUCGUUCUCUAUCUCCUUUUCGCUCUCUUCUCUCUCGAUCUUGCUCCUCGACGUCUCUCUGAGAUAAUAAGAUGGGGCUUUCUUUCACCAAGCUCUUCAGUCGGCUGUUUGCCAAGAAGGAGAUGCGAAUCCUUAUGGUGGGUCUUGACGCAGCUGGUAAGACAACAAUCUUGUACAAGCUCAAGCUUGGAGAAAUUGUCACGACCAUCCCCACAAUUGGAUUUAAUGUUGAGACUGUGGAGUACAAGAACAUAAGCUUCACUGUCUGGGACGUUGGUGGUCAGGACAAGAUUCGACCAUUAUGGAGACAUUACUUCCAAAACACUCAAGGGCUGAUAUUUGUGGUUGAUAGCAAUGACCGUGACCGUAUUGUUGAGGCUCGAGAUGAGCUGCAUCGCAUGUUGAAUGAGGAUGAGUUGAGAGAUGCUGUGCUGCUUGUAUUUGCUAACAAGCAAGAUCUUCCAAAUGCUAUGAAUGCUGCUGAGAUUACUGAUAAGCUUGGCCUCCACUCUCUUCGCCAACGCCAUUGGUAUAUCCAGAGCACAUGUGCCACUUCAGGUGAAGGGCUUUAUGAAGGACUUGACUGGCUCUCCAAUAACAUUGCUAACAAGGCAUAGGAUAUGGGUCAGUUUUCAACAAUGUGAGCUGCACUCUGCUGCAAAUUUGUUUAUUUUGGUGUCUUCUGGAUCUCUUAUCAUGUAAUUGUUGAGAUAAUGUAUUUCUUAGAUAUCAAUACUGUAAUAGAAAUUGGCAAAAUUAUUCCUGUAGAUUUUAAAUAAUUGAUGAUUCACCGUUCGUACAUGUGCCUCCAUAGACCUCCAAUGUGAAAUUUUUGGAAAUUCCUGUUUUGAUGAG